CAGCUCAGGCCAGCGGUGCCUCCGACUUUGUUUUCUUUUUCUCAUUUCUGCACAGGAAAACAAUCCAAAGCACCAUGAAUAAACUGCUGGUAGUUACUGUGCUGGUUGCACUUCUUGCUAUCAAUGCCGAAAGCUUUCGUUUGAGAAGGCAAGUGGAGGAGGAGGAGGGAACGCUGAACAAGAUCUCAGGCACUGUCAAGUCCUACUACAACAGCGCUGUGGACACCGUCAAUGGAUACGUGGACACCAUCAAAGGCCUGAAACUCCAGGAGAAAGCACAGAAUCUUUACACCGAAACCACUACAGUUGUGAGCACCUAUGCCGGCAUAUUCCAAGACCAGCUUUACCAUUUUUUUCACCAGUAGGACAAAAAAAAUACAAAUACAUCGCACUGCUCAUCCUGCACAUGAAAGUGUCUACACAUCAUUCGACACCUUAAUGUUUGGUUCUCAUCACCAAAUGGAGCCUCACAACUGAAAUAGUUAUAAAAAGCGCAUUUGCUUUUUAUAGUGCUUUUUAAACCACUGAACU